GCGGCGCUUGCCGCAGGUGGAGUCUAUUAGUUUUGAUAAAGAGUUAGGGCAAGUUUAGGGCACUGUGGCAGCAUUGAGGUAAAGUCUGGUUCCUCCCCAGCUCGCUCAGGAAAUGUUCGCGGAUACAAUGGCGGCCCCCUCUGGGCAUACCUGCCUGUGGAGCGGAGAGUGGACAGAGUGAGGGGAACCGGGAGAGGCACCGAAUCUGGCCUGGGGGUCCGGGAAUCUUCCUCUCAGGUCCUGCAGGCUCUGCCUCUGGUGUGGAAGAGCUCACGGUGAAGCACUCCUGCCCAGGACCUGAGGAGCCGGCCACUGUUCAGAAGGCCCCAGCUUGAAGGACCAGAGAGCCGCCCAGCAGCAUGACACAGGCAAGCUUUUGGAGGUGACAUUUGCCCCAGGGAAGGUCACAGCUGCCUGAACCUUUAAAACUCCCGGACACACUGCCUGUGCAGGAUCUGGAACCCAGCAGCACUGCCAGGGCCUUGAAGUGCUUCUUCAGAGACCUCUCUUCAUAAACUACUUUUUUUCUUAAAGCAGCAAAAGGAGAAAAUUGACAUCAAAGGGUAUUCCAGAUUCUUGAUAGCCUUCUCAUCAUCUCUGAGGACAUCCCCAUCAUCUCAGGAUGAGGGGCAUGAGGCUGCUGGGGGCUCUGCUGGCACUGUUGGCCCUACUGCAGGGGGCCGUGUCCCUGAAGAUCGCAGCCUUCAACAUCCAGACAUUUGGGGAGACCAAGAUGUCCAAUGCCACCCUCGUCAGCUACAUUGUACAGAUCCUGAGCCGCUACGACAUCGCCCUGGUCCAGGAGGUCAGAGACAGCCACCUGACUGCCGUGGGGAAGCUGCUGGACAACCUCAAUCACGAUGCACCAGACACCUAUCACUAUGUGGUCAGUGAGCCACUGGGACGGAACAGCUAUAAGGAGCGCUACCUGUUCGUGUACAGGCCUGACCAGGUGUCUGUGGUGGACAGCUACUACUACGAUGACGGCUGCGAGCCCUGUGGGAACGACACCUUCAGCCGAGAGCCAGCCAUCGUCAGGUUCUCCUGCCCAUUCACAGGGAGUGGCCGCUGCACAGAGGUCAGGGAGUUUGCCAUUGUUCCCCUGCAUGCGGCCCCGGAGGACGCAGUAGCUGAGAUCGAUGCUCUCUAUGACGUCUACCUGGAUGUCCAAGAGAAAUGGGGCUUGGAGGACGUCAUGUUGAUGGGCGACUUCAAUGCGGGCUGCAGCUAUGUGAGACCCUCCCAGUGGUCAUCCAUCCGCCUGCGGAUGAGCCCCACCUUCCAGUGGCUGAUCCCUGACACCGCUGACACCACAGCUACAUCGACGCACUGCGCCUACGACAGGAUCGUGGUUGCAGGGACGCUGCUCCAGGACGCCGUUGUUCCCGACUCGGCUCUUCCCUUUAACUUCCAGGCUGCCUAUGGCCUGAGUGACCAACUGGCCCAAGCCAUCAGUGACCACUAUCCAGUGGAGGUGAUGCUGAAGUGAGCAGCCUUCCCCACGCCAGCUGAACUGCAGGAAGAGAGGACCCAUCCUGCCGCAGGAGCCAGACAAACAGCCCAACACUCAGGUUAAGAAAUACCUUUUAAUUUAGGUAAAUAAAGCUCAAGGCGGCGGG